UGAAGGUGCUUUCAGACAUGAGUACGAUGUGUUUCCAUGUUACAUUAAAACACCCAAGUUCCGAUGCUUCAAGCAUUUAUCUGUAGAUCUGUUGAAUGCAGCGAAAAAUAAUGUGAAAGAAAUUUAACCCCGCAAAACUAAGCUUUUUAAAUGAUUGUUCAACAUGAGUAUCUUUCACAUCGUAUGUCAUCUUAUCUUCUAACGAUGUUCAUUAGUGAUUGUGUAGUCACCUCGUUGUGCUGGCGCUGUUCCAGUUUGACCGUUCUUCUUUCUCGGAACAUGAAUAGAAAUAGAACAGGUUGAGUGCUGGCCUGACCGCAGGCGUUCAGAGAGACAACACAAAAGUGACACCUCCCUUUCUCUUCAUCAAAACAAGCCCUCUUUGAUAGCUACUUCUAGUCGGGGGAUUGUAUUUCCAAAACCUUUAACCGUUUUCGGCAAACCCGUUCAAACAAACGGGAGGUUAGUUACAAACAUGUUACUUCUGUCAAGGCUUUGGCAACCGAGGAGCAGCAGUGCUAGGCGGCAUGUCAUGGAACGUUUUUGCUCCUGCCACACUGAAUAAUCAGAAAGCCAUUUUGUGAUCUCCGCAAGUUUAACGCUCAUGAAUCUCGGCCCAACACAUUUAGGAAUUUAGCGGACGCUCGCAUCCAGAGUUGACCGGCAUACAUAACGCCUUGUACACUGAGCGGCGAUGAUCCCUAGUCACAGGCUCUGUUGUGCCGCGUAGCACGUAGCCUAAAGAAGUAACAAAUGCCCCGUGUUGUGCUUCAGUUGGUCGCAUGGCUGGCGGUUCUGCGGUUGCUACACGUCUUCCUGAGCUUCUGCUUUGCGUGUGACGGUUGGACGUGGAGGGCACAAAAAAAAAAUCAACCAAAAACACACAGUUCAUGUUCACAUUGUGCGUGAGGCAAUAAGAGAGAUACGGUAACGCUCAGGGGCCCCCCCACCCCUUUCAAAACCAGGAAACUGCCAGCAAGACGCUCAGCGAGAAGAAGAAGAAGUGGGCACUUGUGAGAAUCUCAUUAGCCGGUCUAUCUACGAAGGAAACUGACGGAAACAAUACUGCAUUUCGAUGCACUCAGAUGAUUUUUCUGUGCGUUCGUGACUCUGCCGAAGCACCUCACCUUAAAUACAGAAUUUCACGACGGACGGACAUUGCAUUUUUCCAAGAUGGCUGCCACUUGGCCGGUCCUGCUGUUGCUCCUGCCCGCCUUCAACCCACUCCUGUCAAUGAGUCUGCCUGGGCAGAACACGACAGACAACGGGAGUCGGGUUCAACCGACCGCUCACCCGCUGACUCCUCGCACGGAGGACAAACGCGACGACACGUUUUUUACGGUAACGACGGAGGGCCAUGACAACUCGUCUCGGUCGACGGACCAGGGCGAGACUCGCGUCACCGAAAACGAACGGCGGCUGAUGGGGAGUAGCCCGAGCACUGAGCGCUCGACCGCCGCUGAGGCCGUAACCGAGGAGACGGCCGCCGUGGCGACGACUCGAGGCUCCACCCUUUCCUGGAACGAGACGUCCACGGCCCCAACGGAGGCAGCCGACUCGCCCGGGACGACCGACGCGCCCAAACUUCCUGCUGAGGACACCACCACGGCGGAGGCUAGGACUGAGACCGCCGGUCACGUUGUCGUCACCACAGGGGCGGCCGAGUCAUCGACCGCCUCGACCCAAGACCCGGAGCCCUCCACUUCAGGGGCCUGGAGCACCACCAACGCCACCGGUGCAGCUCUGGGGCCCCGCAUGAACCGUGGGGGAAGGGAGGACACCACCACAGCGGAGACUGGAACUGAGACCGCCGGUCAUGUUGUCACCACAGAGGCGGCUGAGUCAUCGACUGCCUCGACCCAAGACCCUGAACCCUCCACUUCAGGGGCCUCCAGCACCACCAACGCCACCGGUGCAGCUCUGGUCCCCCGCAUGAACCCUGGGGGAAGGGUCCCGGUUCCAGAACCGCCUGAGGUCACACCGCCCACCACGGCGGGCGGCGACCAGGGUCCGAAGGACGAUGGCCGCUUCCUGUGCCCCUCGGGGCCCUUGCGGAAGGACGGCUUGGUCAGCCAGUGCCUGAUCGCCAUCGCCACGCUGGCGGGCGUGGCCACCAUCUUCAUCGUCAGCACCACCGUGCUCUGCACCAAGCUCUCCAGCGCCAAGUACCGGUACCGGAUGGACCGGGUCGCCUACGGCACCGAGAUGGUGUGCAUCUCCUCCCUGCUGCCCGACGGCAACGGCCCCCACAGCGCGCCGCGCAGACCCAGGAGCAACGGGGCGCUCCUCCCAAACUUGGAGGACGACGAGGGGGACGACCUCACCCUCCACAGCUUCCUCCCGGAGACGGAUCGGGGCUCCUCGUGAGCUUCGGGCGACACCCCUGCUGAACGCGCGCCCCGCCCCCCGCCAAAAAAAAAACUCUGCCCUACGCCAA